AUGGCGAAUAACGCUCUUUUUGUCGUUGUUGUUUUUGUGGCAGUGGUGGCGUCGGCGCUGGCCGUGUUUUUCGCCAUAGGUUUUUAUGCUAUGGGGAAAACGUCGACUUCUAAUAAGGUGGUGAAGUCCGUUUGCAGGCCAUCCGAUUUCAAAGAGACGUGUGAAAAGAGCCUUGAAUCGUCCAACUCGAGCGACCCCAAGGAGCUCAUAAGGACCGGGUUCCAGGCGAUGAUAACGGAGAUAAAGAAGGUGUUGGCGGAUUCAAAGACGCUCCAGGAUUUGAAAAAGGACGAAAGGACCAAGGAUGCUCUAAGUGUUUGCAAGGAGGUAUUGGGUUACGCCAUUGACGACCUUGAAGCAUCCUUCAACAAGCUCGGUAAGUACGACAUCAGCAAUAUCGGUGAUAUACUCUUGCGCAUCAAGGUGUGGCUGAGCGGCGCCCUUACCAUCCAACAGACUUGUAUAGACUCGUUCGCGGAGAAAGACAGCGAGGCCGCCGAGAAGAUGAAAAAUAUCUUGAAAACGUCACAAGGGUUAAACAAGAACACCCUCGGCAUGAUGGCAGGAAUAGCCUCCAUUGCUAAAGACCUCAACAUCCCAAGCAUCGAUAAGAUCACCACCUCGCUCCAUCGUAGGCUCUUAUCGGACAACAACAGUGAAUUUCCCGAAUGGAAAAGCCACAAUGAUCGGAGACUCCUCCAGGCAAAACCUGGCAAUAUUAACCCUAACGUGGUGGUUGCUAAAGACGGGAGUGGAAAAUACAACAGUAUCGUCGAGGCCUUGGCUGAAGUCCUACCGAAAAAUACCCAACGAUUUGUUAUUUACAUUAAGGCUGGAGUUUACAACGAGAAGGUCAACAUGAGGGCCGGCUCUCGCACUGCAAUGGUAGCAGUUAAUGCUAAGAAUUUCAAAGCCAAGGACAUCGGGUUUGAGAACACAUCCAGCAACGAAAGUGAACAAGAUGUUGCGUUGAGUGUGUCCGAUGAUCAAGGCGUCUUUUAUAAUUGCCAUUUCAACGGAUACCAAGACACCUUGUACGCCAAUAAGGAAAUGCAGUUCUUCCGUGACUGUGUCAUCACUGUACCAUAG